AUGCCUCAUAGGACAAAAACUCGACACCAUUGCUCUGGCCAGAAUGGAUGGGUUGGCGAUAUAAGCCCGGGUAAUUGUACUAAAUCAGGAGCCGGGUCACACUGUACCAAGUACCAGAUGCUUUGUGAGGGCGGUUGUGGUGCAUGGCAUUUGAAGAAUCAAGACGGAUGUCAGGAAUGUCUGGCGAAGAGGGAACCGGAGGAGCGGAGGCGGAGGGCAGAGGAACAAAAGCGUAAAGAAGAUGAAGCGAAGAAAAAACAUGACGAUUUUUUAAACCUGGGUUUCUUCAAACCGGGUAAAGACCGUAAGAAACCGAGAAAGAAGGAUGAAAAUGCUGAGCCUAAAGCUGGGCAAGCUUGA